AACGAACCCGAGGUUUAUUCUGUUUAUUCUCCGGCUGGGACGACUAAUGUGUGAUCUUGUUUAUGUCACAAGUCAAAUUAAACUUAGCAGUUAUCCUAACUCUCUAGCAAUUGCAAUAAGUGCAUACACGUUUUUAAUAAAUUAAAAAUAAAAUUGUUUACAUAGAACUUAAAAAUGUUUGAUGGUGAUUUUAAAACCGAUAGUAUUCAAGAUUUAUCAGAAGUAACAGAACCUAAAUUUUCAAAUCCAGAAAUGCAAGAAGCUCGUGCAUUUCUACGUGAAAGAUACUUGCGUUUUAUGAAUGGGAUUAUUGGAUCCAAAGCGAAUUUUUAUCUCUACGAAAACUCACAUGUGUCAGGAGAAUUUCGUGGAUGUGAUGUUGACUGUUUGGAAUUAUUCGUUCAUAAUUUAAAAACACCACUGGGAGUUGUUCCGGAGGCUAUUCUACGAGCUACUGAUGUGAUAAGUUUUACAAUAAAUGACAUUAAAGCGCAAUAAAUGUACAAUAACAAUUAUUUGAAUUUUAUUUAAUUUUGAUUAAUGUAAAAUAACUUAUUUUUAUAGUUACACGUAGGUAGAAAAUUUAAUUUUAAGAUCUUCGCAUAUGCAACAUUGUAUUUAUUUCGGAAAUAAUUCGUCUUAAGUGAUCGAUUAUCUCUUUGAGAUGUCGAUUUUUUGCUGUGACUUGCUGAAAUAAAGCAUUGACAUCUUAUUUAUUAUUUGAUACUUUUGUAUUUCAAGAAGAAUAAAUAAAAAUUAACUUACGUCGAUCAA